CUUUGCACUGCUUCGCGUUAUUUUUAGGCCGCCUUUUUUUUGCCGAAAGGUGAUUCGAUUUAGUAGGUAAGAAAUUUCUUAAUUUCUACCAAAUCCGACCGGUUGGUAAUUCCCUAACACACGCAACUAUUUAAGGUGUUUAGGUAUCCCCAUCCGGUUUUUCGGGUGACUAAUUUUGGAAGAUUUUUUGGACCCACGCGUUGCGAUAUGAGGCUGAUCUAUGUUUUUAUAUUUAUUUUGGCCGUACGAUUGGCCUCCGUUUUCGUAGUGCAAACCUACUACGUUCCGGAUGAAUAUUGGCAAAGCCUGGAAGUGGCCCACAAACUGACCUUUGGUUAUGGCUACCUGACAUGGGAAUGGGUGCAGGGCAUUCGCAGCUAUAUAUAUCCCCUGUUGAUUGCCGGACUGUAUAAAAUCCUGGCCCUCUUGCAAUUGGACAGUGCUCAACUGCUGGUUAUUCUGCCAAGGAUUCUGCAGGCCGUGUUAUCGGCCUACUCCGAUUACCGCUUCUUUGUGUGGACCGGCAAACGAAAGUGGGCGCUGUUUUUAAUCUUGGUUCCCUGGUUCUGGUUCUACACGGCUUCGCGAACUCUGGCCAACACUUUGGAGACUUCCCUGACCACGAUUGCCUUGAGCUUUUUCCCCUGGCAUGCCGAGACCACUGCUUACCUAUGGCCAGCUGCCAUCUGCUGUUUCCUGAGACCCACUGCAGGUGUGAUUUGGCUGCCUUUAUCCCUAUACCACUUGCGCAGAAGCCGCCAAAAUGUUCUGGAGCUGAUUUUCAAGCGAUUUGUGCUCAUCGGCUUACUGGUCGCAGGCCUGGGCAUAGCCAUCGAUACCUACUGGCAUGGCCAUCUUAUAGUGACCCCGUACGAGUUUCUCAAGUACAACAUUUUCAACAACAUCGGCAGCUUCUAUGGCUCCCACCCUUGGUACUGGUACUUCACCGUGGGAUUGCCCACAGUCCUGGGAAUCAACACGUUGCCGUUCAUCUUCGGAAUAAUAGUAACUAUGAGGCAGUCGCGGAAGUAUAAUGUCAGCAAGCAGCUUUUGAUCACCAUCUUUCUGACUCUGGUGGUUUUGAGUGCCGUGGAACACAAGGAGUUCCGAUUUGUGUCCCCGCUGCUGCCCCUCUGCUUGUAUGUGAUCACGGACGCCUUGUCGACGUGGAGUUACAGAGCAUCGCGCACCAUGUUGUGGACUACUGCGCUGGUAAUCCUGGUGGGCAACGUCUUGCCCGCCUGGUACUUGAGCACAGUACACCAGAAGGGACCCAUCGAGCUGAUGCCCAAGCUGAGGGAGAUUGCCCAGGAGUACAGGGAUGAGCGCGAUCACAAGGCCAAUAUUCUGUUCCUGAUGCCCUGCCAUUCCACGCCUUAUUACAGUCACAUUCAUCAGAACGUAACGAUGCGCUUCCUGACCUGCGAACCGAAUCUUGAGAAGAAAGAGCAGUACAAAGACGAGGCCGAUCGCUUCUAUGAGGACCCCGUUCAUUGGAUCAACUCCCAUAUACCCGUGCAUCCACUGACCGCUCUGCCUACGCACGUGGUACUUUUUGAUCCACUGGCCGAGAAUAUUAGCGUGUUUCUCCGUAACUACCGGCUGCUCCAUCGCAUCGAGCACGCAGAGGUAAUCCGGCUGGAGGGCUCGCAGGCUCUGGUGGACGAGUGGUCGCAGGCACUGGGCGCUCAGUCACCUAAUAUCGCCUCUCUAUUGCAGCACCGCCAGUCGCGUACAGGCCGCUCUAUUUUGGUGUACCAGCGCUUGAAAAAGGGCGAGGAGAAUGCAUUUAAUCGUGGUCAGGACCAGGAGGGCCAAGAGCCGGAUGUCCACGAUCAUCCGCCGCUGGAAGAUCUUCCUCUGACCAACGAGAAUCUCUUUAAUUAGGUGAUAGAGCUCAAGAAGCCGAAGCCCACCACCACAGCCCUCCGUUUAGCAAGAAGCAAUGACACACUCGUAAUAUUAACUUAAAAAUACAAACGGAUAUUUUGUAUCCAGUUUUUUGACCUUGACAAGUUUUUAAAACGUCGCGCGAAGAGAAUCGAAGAUCAGAGAAAAAAAAAUCUGAUUUUUGUAGGCGCAUUUUGUGUACAUUGUGCUAGUUAAUAAUGUAUAAGUCAUCUCAGUAUUUAGACGUUAUCAGUCUAACGAGAGGCAAUAUAUUUUGUGUAGUUUAUAAAUAGCUUGAACUAUCCUUUCUUAAAUUUUUUAAAAUAAAGGAUCAGUUAAAGUA